CGUGUAUAAUACCAUCUUCGUGCCGCUCCCCAUCCUCGGUCAAUCGUUUGCUCUCAACUUUGAGGCUCUGGCAAUGGCCACAGAGACAGCUGAAGCCGCUACGGCCAUUAAUCUCAAGGUCCUCUCUCCGUCCACAGAGGUCCAGGGCGAUAUCCACUUACCGGAUCUUCCCAUCUCUCUCACUUUAAAGGAGCUUCGCGAUCGAAUACAGAAUGAGAUUCCCAGUCGGCCGGCUACCGAGCGUAUGCGGCUCAUCUAUCGCGGUCGUGCCCUGUCCCGUGAAACUGAUACGCUGAGUGAUGUCCUCGGUCUCGAUAACGUCCGGACUUCGAAGGACCACACGCUUCAUCUAGUCUUGCGGGAGCAAACUCCUAUCUCUACAGUAUCCUCUCCGGGUCCCGCCUCAGCUCAACGGUCAUCGUCAGUUCCGCCCAACCCUUUCCGACCUGGCCAGACGCCUCCGCAUGUCGGCCUACCACCUACGAACCCAUUCAGAGCCAUACCCGAAAGCCGACCGAGUUCACAACCCCAACUGCCUAGUCGCGUCCAUCCGCCGCACCCGCUCCAUGCCCCUCCUCAUCACCACCACAAUCACCCUCCUCCACACCAAUAUGGUUCUCCAGUUCCAAUUCCCGUUCGCGUGCAGCUGGCGCCAGCUCCCGCACAGAUGAACCCAUCUACUACACACCCGCAAGAGGGGCGAUCCAGGAGCGGGACUCCUGUCCAGGGCGUCAGUAGGCAGAUGACGCCGGUAGUCGUACCGCCCGGGGCCAUACUGGCACCUGCGGGUGGACUUCCAGCGACCCACACUCUGCGUACAGACACUGGUGUAGGUCCCAAUGGCGAGCAUGUCACGGUGACUCGUAUUUUUAACAAUGCGAAUGUACCCUUACCAGCACCCGUUCCUGCACAUCCUCUUCUGCCACGACCGUUUCCGCAUCCGCCUGGUUUCCCGCAAACAGCGCGUUUCCCAGCACCGCCAACUGGAGGAUCAGUGGAUCAACAUCUGGUUCGUGCUCGGAAUGGCUUGGAUACUGCACGGCAGGAGAUGAACAACGUCCGUAUAUUAUUGCUCCAAACGCCUGGACAGGCGCCUCCGAACCAUCCGCCCGCGUGGCGCAUGGAGCAAAUACGGAACCACAUGUUGAAUCAUACACAAGGGUUGAACCAGCUUCAGCAAGGGUUGACUUCCCUAACGUUGGAACCCACGAUGGCAAACAACCAAGAGAUAGCUCAGCUGGCACGGGCUGCGAACGAGCUACGAGAGAUUGCAGAGAGCGUAAACGCAAUGCUAGACCCUGCACGUACUGCGAACACUUCACAUGGGCCAUCAGCCUCGGAGCAACCCGCCACAGCGGCAAGAUCGGCAACGGCUCCUUCUACAACACUCAGUACAGGUCCAGCUGGCCCGAACCCUGAGGCUGCGACCAAUCGUGAGAGCAACGCAAAUGUUCCCUCCACUGAGACGAGGCCAGAACUAUUCAUUCUAUCCAGCCCACAGGGCCCUGUGGGCAUUCUCUUCGACCAGGGAGGUACUUACACAACAGCGCCAAUGGUGAAUACUCUGCCUUUCCAAGCCUUCACUCAGCAAUUUGCCUCCAACCGCCAGCUUCUGGCCAACCUCGGACAGCAGUUCACUCAGAAUAUGGCUCAAAAUCUGCAACCCCUGGGAGCAGUGGGAAAUGUUCAGAAUCAAGGAGCAGCAGCAGCAGACCGAGCUGUGGCACAGGGCAAUACUCAGAACCAGGCACCCAACCAAAACCAGGAUGUAGGACAAGCCGCUGCGGCGGGAGCAGCAGCUCCGAACAUCGUGCCAGGUCAGCAGGGUCAGCAAGCACCACCCGAUCGGCUCGCGCUCUGGGCCGGUCAUGCUUGGCUUAUGUUCAAGCUGGCCGUGUUUGUGUACAUUUUCGGAGGACCGUUUGGGUGGUACAGACCGAUAUUCCUGGGUCUAGCGUCCAUCGUCAUCUAUCUGUUUCAGAUUGGGCUGUUCGAUGAUAGGGUUCGCGAGAUUAGAGGGCAUUUUGAGGCGUUGUUGCCGAUGGGGGAAAAUAACAAUAACAACAAUGGUGGUGCUGCGCGGGCCAAUGCGCAAGCGGGGGAUAGAGCGGGCCAAAGGGGACAACUGGAGCCAGACCAGAACCUCAGCCCUGAGCAGGCGGCGCUGAGGAUGGUGCAGCAACGGCAAGAGCAGCGGCAAGGGUGGAUGAGGCAGUCGAUCAGGAGCGUGGAGAGGGCGUUUGCGCUGUUUGUGGCCAGCCUAUGGCCUGGGGUGGGUGAGGGCAUGGUGAGGGCGCAAGAGGAGAGAGCAAGGGCUGAGAGGGCGGCAGAGGAGGAGAGGCUGAGGCGCGAAGAAGAAGAGAGGAAGAAGAAGGAGGAGGAGGAGGAAGAAGAGAAGAAGGAAGCGGAGGAGGGUGCAGCGGGGCCCAGUGCAGAAGAGAAGGGGAAGGGAAAGGCCAGGCAAGAGGUUGGAAAUAAUGAAGGUGUCGGAGAUGCUGGGGAGGGGAGUUCGUCAUCUGUCGUGGGUGCGACGUGAUACCUAGUAACAAUUCUUCUAGCGGGUUGGCAUUUCCGGGCGCUCGGAAGCGGGUUUUGUGGGUUCGGAUUUGAUAUCACCAUCUAGGGGACUCGGCGUUUGCUUUCCAUAUAGGGAGUACUGGAGUAUGAGCGACGGCGACUGUGCGUAGGUAUGGAUAUCACUACACUACGUUAGCUAUUCUUUGUGAAUGCUAUUCCUUCCCUUAU